GGAUUAAUCUGAUUUUAUUGUGGUUAUCAUUGUUACUUCGUUAUCACAACAGUUAGUACAAUAGAUACAAAUAUUUUCAACAGUAAGUUGAUCCAAAUAGACUAGACUACGGGCACCGUAUGGAGAGCCGAGGAAGCUUUAUCACCUGACAACGCGAACCCUUGACCCGUUGAAUCCCUGUAAUCACGCAAUCAUGACAUCGCACCCCGGUUGCUUCCAACCAGCUAUUCCCGAGGGAUCGUCUGCGGCUCUGCGGGUCAAAAGCUUGGCAAACUUUAUGAUCUCAUUUAAUUACCCCACCCUCCUCCUCUUCCUCCUCUUCCUCUUCCACGACAAACACACCCCCAUCUCACCAAACCAAACCAAACCCCUCGGGAAGCGAGAAGGAGGAAAUGUCAUCCAUGUUCGAUCUCUCUGGAAAAACCGCCCUGGUCACUGGCGGGACCCGCGGUAUCGGGCAAACAAUGGCUUUGGCAUUGGCGGAAGCCGGGGCGGAUAUUAUUCUCGUUCAGCGAGACUCCAAAAACAUCUCUACGAAAGCGCAAAUCGCCGCCAUGGGGCGUGCUUGUAUCAUCGUCAACGCAGAUCUAUCCUCCGAUGCGGAAGUUAGCACCUUGAUCCCGGGCCUCAUAGCGGACCCCUCAUCUCUCCCCAACCAGCGGAUCGACAUCCUUCUGAACUGCGCGGGGAUCCAACGCCGUCAUCCAUCCCACCAAUUCCCCACAAAGGACUUCCAAGCCGUCAUCCAGGUCAACUUGGCAACCGUAUUCACCCUCUGCCGUGACAUAGGCGCCUACUUCAUUGGCAACCAGAUCCAUGGGAGAAUUAUAAACGUGGCCUCCGUGCUCUCAUUCCAGGGAGGGCUUACCGUUCCCGCGUAUGCUGCGAGCAAAGGUGCCGUCUUGCAGCUCACCAAGGCGCUUAGCAACGAGUGGGCCGGAAAGGGGAUUGGCGUCAACGCGAUUGCCCCUGGGUAUAUCGCUACGGAUAUGAAUGAGGCGUUGAUAAAGGAUGAAGCCAGGAGCAGGCAGAUUAUGGAGAGGAUCCCGGCUGGGAGGUGGGGGCGUCCAGAGGACUUUAAGGGGCCUGUUGUGUUCUUGGCGAGUGAGAAGGCGAGUGCGUAUGUUAGCGGGGAGUGUCUAGUGGUUGAUGGCGGGUGGAUGGGGAGGUAGAUUGUGUCUACAUAUUAACGGGUUCCUUGCGAAAUACAUCUCUGCUCUCUAA